CCCAGUGCGAUUUCGGAGGAUCAGAAGGGUUAUCAGAGCAAUUCACCCUUGGAAGGGAAACAAACAACACUCAGCGGCUCAGCCAAUCGAGGGCAUACAACGACGCCGUCACGGUGAAGAAGAGACUCCGAUCGUGUCCUCCGAUCGUCGUCGACACUCAUGACGGACGGAUGCAUCCGAGCUCUUGUAGAAGCCAUACACUCAAGUCCUACCCAGGCUGUCCUCCAUCUCUCCGGCGGAGCUUCUCAGGCGCUAGGUAUGCUGAUGUCCGUUCCUGGAGCUUCGAACACGGUUCUCGAAUGUCUUAUUCCGUACUCCAGAAUGUCGAUGAUCCAACUACUCGGCAAGGUUCCUAAUCAAUUUGUCAGUCGUCAAACCGCUGAGGAAAUGGCGCUAGUCGCUUACAAUCGCGCUCUCAAGAUCUCUAAACCAGGUUCCCCAGUUCUAGGUGUUGGUUUUACUGGUUCUUUGGCUACCUCACGCCCAAAACUCGGAGACCACAGGUUUCACUUGUCAACAAGAACAUCAAACCGGCUUUGGAUAUCUACAGUUACUUUGGCAAAGGGUUUGCGAAAUCGAGAGCAAGAAGAAAGGGUUUCAAGUCAUGUUUUACUUAAGGCCAUUGCAGAUGCUUGCAAAGUUCCAGAAACAUUCGUUUCAGAAUUGACUGAAGAUGAAGUUCCCGACGAAUGUGAAGAGCACUUUGAUGAAAAUCAAGAAUUAGAGCAACUUCUAAGUGGGAAAAUAUGCUUUAAGGUUUAUCCCUUUUCAACCGGGAUGCCUACUUCUGAUACGGAAAGGAAGAUAAUUUUAUCUGGUUCAUUUAAUCCUUUGCACGAGGGUCAUGUCAAGCUUUUGGAAGUUGCUGCUAGCAUUUUUGGAGAUGGUUAUCCCUGCUUUGAGUUAUCAGCAGUAAAUGCAGACAAACCUCCAUUGACAGUCUCUCAAAUCAAAGAUCGUGUCGAGCAAUUUGAAAAAAUUGGGAAGACGGUGAUUAUUUCUAAUCAGCCAUACUUUUAUAAGAAAGCAGAACUUUUUCCUGGCAGUGCUUUUGUGAUUGGUGCGUGCACAGUAGUGAGGCUAAUCAAUCCGAAGUAUUAUGGUGGGGAUUAUGAGAAAAUGGUGGAGACACUUGCUGGAUGUAAAAGAGCAGGAACUGUCUUCCUUGUGGGUGGUCGAAUUAUCGAUGGGGUUUUUAAGGUGCUUGAAGAUUUUGAAAUUCCAGAGGAGUUGAGAGACAUGUUUAUCCCAAUACCGCCAGAGAGAUUCCGCAUUGAUAUCUCAUCGACUGAAAUAAGGAAAAAUAAAGGAAUAUAAAUUGCAAGAUACUGUGGUUGUUACUUGAAUUGUGGACGAAAACUCUAUUUGUAACUUUACAAAAAUUUGAAACUGAGUACAUUACUAAGAGAUACAAAGAAAAGUAAUCCCUCGAUUAUGUAUUUGGUUUGUAUUCAAAUACAAGAACAAAGUUUGGAA